AAGCGGGACUGGCGAGCUCUGGGCCGCGGGCGCAGAACCGCUCCUGCGGCCGGGAUUUCGCCCCUUGGCUCCUGCGCUCUGCGCGUCCGGAACUGGCCGUGUCCCGUCGGCCCCUGCGGGCCGCUCCCGGUCGUCAUGGAAACGGAGGCAGCCAAUCAGCGCGGCGGCUUGCAAGCUCGCUCUGCUGGGUUCCUACCGCGCGCUGGGGACUGCCGGGUGGACCGCGAUGCUCAAGGCCAAGAUCCUCUUCGUGGGGCCCUGUGAGAGUGGAAAAACCGUUUUGGCUAACUUUCUGACGGAAUCUUCUGACAUCACUGAAUACAACCCCACACAGGGAGUAAGGAUCCUGGAAUUUGAGAACCCACAUGUUACCAGCAACAACAAAAGCACGAGGUGUGAGUUCGAGCUCUGGGACUGUGGCGGCGAUUCUAAGUUCGAGUCCUGCUGGCCGGCCCUGAUGAAGGACGCCCACGGAGUGGUGAUUGUCUUCAACGCUGACAUGCCGAGCCACCUGAAGGAGAUCGAGAUGUGGUACUCCUGCUUUGUCCACCAGCAGCUCCUACAGGACACCCAGUGCCUGCUGAUUGCACAUCACAAACCGGGCUCGGGAGGAGACACAGGGACCCCAUCUUUGUCGCCACCCUUGAGCAAGCUGAAGCUGGUGCACUCCAAUCUUGAGGAGGACCCUGAGGAGAUCCGGAUGGAAUUCACAAAGUAUUUAAAAAGCGUCGUCAACUCAGUGUCUGAGAGCAGAGACAGGGAGGAAAUGUUGAUUAUUACCUAGCUGCCUCACCUGGGACCUCCAUCUCCCAAAUGACAUCAGCUGCUUCCUCGUCCAGAACUCAAACUUUAUCCAGCUACUGAUGCUCUCUUCUCCUUGUGACUAGAGAAGAAAUUUUCCUCGUCUGUUACAAGGUACCAUUCAGCCAGAAUUGACUCAGAACAUCCAUCCUCCAUCCUUAGGUCAGUGGGGAAAAUUCUAUGUCUGAAUUCUGCUUCUCUAGCCCCAGACCUUUCCAAAGAGCUGGAAAAUUAAGCUGGGAAACUUCACAUAUGUAAAGUUAUAAAAACUGUGGAAUUGUAACUGUCA